UAAUCUUUACCUAUGUCACAAUAUUUUUGUGGAACAAUUAAAAGUAAAUCUUGGCCUUAUGAGCAAUAUUACAUCGGAAACAAAGACGAGGAAAAUAGAAGGAAUGGCGAUGGUGAAAACCACUGGACGGGGGCGAAGUCGUUGGAGAGAUAUUCUGGUCAAUUCUUACGUGAUACAAUGCAUGGCUUAGGAGAAUACUAUUGGCGAUAUGUUGAUAAAGAAGGAGCCUUUUUCACAUACGAGGGACACUUUUAUUGCAACAAACUUCACGGUUAUGGAAGUCUAUCCUAUCCAGAUGGUCGAGUCUUCAAUGGUUUAUUUUACCAUAAUAUAAAAUUUGGACCAGGAGUUGAAUCAUGCGUAGACAUUCGACAAAACGUUGGUCUUUGGCUCGGCGACCAAUUAGUGCGAUUAGCUUGGAUUCCACCUACAAAUAGCUUGAUUCUGAAUUUAGAUUCAACUAAUACGGGUCGAGCUUGCGUUGAUGCACAAAGAACUUUAUUAACAACAUGUACCAAAACCUACAAUGAAAAUGCAGCAAAAGAACUUCUUAUUCAGUACGGCUUAGAUUUAAAAACAGCUGAUAAGAAAUGGCCAAAACUAUACCCAAGAAAUUGCACGGACAUCACAAGCCCCGUGUUUUGCCUCCACUUGUUCGACAAUUUCUACUACGGUUCAAAUGACCACAAUAUUUUAAUAGAAAAAACGAGGAAAGAAAAGAUUACAGAAAGCGCUGAGAAUAUAGAAGAAAAUAAAACGUAUUUUUCGUGGAACAAUAACAACAUUAUAAAGCAUAUAAUGCAACAUGCUUUUGCGCAUGAUCAUCAACGAAACAAUUUCGGUAUAGAAAUGUCAAAUAUUCUGACUGAAUCUAGAAAAAAUUUAAAACCACCAGCAAAGCACGAACAGGAUUGCAGAACUUUAUUAAUGGCCAGUUACUUGGGUUAUACGGAAAAGGUGGUUCAACUUAUUAAUGAAUACAAUAUACACCCUGAUUUAACAGAUAUGGAAGGCAAUAAUGUACUGAUGUAUGCUGUGUGUGGGGAUCAUGCAGAAAUCAUACAUUUUCUUGUGGCCGCCGGAGCUAAUAUUGACAAUUAUAAUGAUUGCUGUUGCACUGCCCUUUGCAUUUCUAUUAUACGAUAUGUUUGUGCUUGUAAAAACAUUUCUAUUAGAGCCAUGACCCAAGCACUGAUACCAGAAGCAAGUUUGCUACCGAAUCCAGCUUUGGAAAAUGUGUGUGAGUGGUAUUUAGAAAAAAAUAUAUCAUCCCCUCAGAAACUUAACGGUCCCGCAAAAAAUCCGAGUAAAAUUAUAAAACCUCAAAAGAAAACGAAGUCUACAAUAUCACUAAAGGAACAAUUUAAGAAAACCCUAACAAACUUAUCAUUACAAGAUCAAACUUUAGAAAACGGAGAUGCUGAUAUUGAAAAUAGUGAAGACGUAUUUAUGUCCAUUCUAGAUGAAUAUGUGGCAAAUAUAGCAGAGUUAUUUUCAAGACCUACAUCGGGAAACAAUAUGUCAUACCUUUUUGCAGUCAAUGAUAUAGCCAAUGAGAUGUUAAAUAAUGAAAUGGAAGAGCAAAAGAAAGCUGCUGAUAAAAAUGCUAAAAGGGGAACUAUAGUUCCACCUAAAGUACCCAAAUCCACAAACGAUAUUCCUCAACAAAAAGAUACCGCUGGUUCAACGAAUUUCACAGACAGAAGUGAAAAUGAAAGCUGCCAAAGAAUGCUAUCUACAAUAAUACAAUUACUAUCAGAUGAAGCAGAUCCAAACCUUAUAAGAUGUCCACAACCAGCACUUUUCAUGGCCGUUGCGUCAGGAAGUAGUGUUUUAGUACAGCACUUGAUCAACCAUGGUGCUAACAUUAAUGAAUCUUAUUCAAAUGUGCUUGGAUAUUCACCACUUGAUAUAGUUAUUUCCUAUCAGUUUUCAAUGGAUAACCUGAAUGUUAUACGUUUGAUACUCGAAAGCGGUGCGGAUACCACACACCGUCUGCCAUACAAGCCUCGCGAUUCGACGGAAUUCAUAACACCAGGACCAACUCUUUUACAUGCGGUACUAGCGAAGGUAGUUGACGGUCCAAUGGAAGAAGAGAUUCGUCGGGAAAUUAUUGAACUUCUCCUAAGUUACAAUUGCAGUCCCGUAGAACAAUUUAAUGGUCGGUCAGCAAUAGAUAUAGCGAUGUCAAAAGGAGCUGACAUCUUUGAUAUAUUCAUAAGUCAUUCGAAAGUUGACCUUAAUGCAGUUAUUAAUCAAUAUAAGCAAACAAUAUUAAUAAAAAUGUUUGCAUUGUCGUUUUUCAAGACAUUCGAUGCCGAGGAGCGUCUUGAAAUUUUGACAAAUUUAUUACUGCGAGGCGCUGACCCCUUUAGACCUUGCCAAAAUGAAACAGAAGAAUUUGAUAACUUUUUCGUUUACGCAAGGAAGUUUCUCGAUGGACUUGAUGGCACCGAUGUUAAACAUAGUCCAUCUGGAAGUAAACAUGAACAAAAAGUGAAAAAGAAUGGUAAAUCUAAUGUUGACAAAGGUGUAUCCAAGCAGAAGGCAAUUCCCACAGAUAUAGAUGAAUAUAAAAUGGCGCUACAACUUGUGAUGGAUCUGGCUCGACUCUCCCACGUCCGUUGGCUACGAGCAAAAUUUGUUAAUGAAUUAAUUAAGACUAUUAACAAAUAUAAACAUCGACACUGGAACAUGGUACUUAAAGAAAUUACAGAUAAAACUGGCAUUAGCUUGUGGCUUACAAUACCAGAUUGUUUAGAAAUUUGGACAAAUCUAAGUAAAAGUAUUAAAAAAGAUAAAACCGUGUUGAAAUAUUUACUCUGUAUUGUAAUCUAUUGUUGCCGAUACAUAAAUGAUAAAACUACUAACUUCGAUGUAAAAGUAACUGCAUAUGAAAAAACUACAAUUGAAAAAGAAGUUCGAAAUUAUAUUAGUAAACAUGAAAUGGUAAAGGAUUUAUCCAGAGUGACUAAUUAUUACACCGCUAAUAAAGAAGCAACAGAUGAUACAAUUAAAUACAACGUGUGUUUCGAAUGUUGUCUGCCUUUAAAGGGAGAAAAAGUCGCAUGUUCCUUGUGUAAAAGUGUUUAUUUUUGUAGUAAUGAAUGUAUAAAAUCAAAUGUGGAUAGAGACAACUGCCAUCCAUGUAGCUAUGAUUUAAAGAAAUUGUAUUUUCCGACUUCUAAUAGCGACUCUAAUUUUGGUUCACAUAGCUAA